AUGUCUCAAAAAACAAUACGAAAACACCUAUUAUAUAAAUCUACAUUAUCAAAUCCAGAUAAUAAUUUCGAACGAGAUCGUUCGAAUCAGAAAAAAAUCAACAAAAACGUAUACUACUCGACAUCGGGUUCGAAGAAAGUACCAAAUGAUUACAAAGAAUUAAGUACUAAAGAGCACAAAAAGAUUAUGUCUGCUACUAUAUCACCACAAAAUCCCGCUGAAAUAACAAAGAAAAAAGAACACGAGAAUAUUAUAAACAAUAGAAAUCAUUCAAGGCAGGACUUAGAAAUAAUGAAAAUUUUUACAUCACCGGAAUGGUUGGGAAAAACAUUUCAUAAAUCGUCUAAUACUAUUGUUAACUCAAUGGUUAACGAUGAUCACAUUCCGUCAGUUCAUACGGAGUUGGAAAAMGUAUUGAGUAAGACUUAUAAUGAAGCAGAAUCGAUGGGAUAUCUAGAUACUAUCCAAGAAAUUACCGACCAUGAAACCGAAGAGGACGAUUACGUUGAAGAAAAAAGAACCGUACUCCUUUCAGCAAACGAAUCGUUCAAAAGUGUCCGACAAAUUGAAGAAACAGAAGAGAAAGAAUUAGAAAACAGUAAUAUACAGGAAAGUAUAACUGAAAGCACAGUAGCAGAGAAUCGAAAUAGUAUAGAAUCGUUCGAGGUAUCCAGUUUAAAUAGUAAAAUUGUURAGCACGAAUAUGACUUAUCUUUUCAAACACCUGAUAAUAAUAAAGCCAACGGUUCCGAAUUGCAGCCAUCGUAUAUAGCCCCUAAUGUCAAAACAUCUGAAAAAUCAUUAAAAGAAGUAGUUGAUAAGAGCUACUGCGUUUCCAAUGAAGAUGACAUAUAUGAAAAUCAAACUGGCGUCGAGCAUGAAUGCUAUUCUUAUAG